AUGGGAGGUACUGAAGAAAUAAAAUCUCUCGAAGAUAAUAAUGAAACUGCAAUAGAUAUUCUUUCGGAAAAUCAACCAAGACCACAUAAUGGGAAACUAAUUGAUCGGAUGGUGGUUUCUCCAGAUAUGAGUUAUGUUGUUACUUAUAGUGAAUUUGAUAAUUCAAUUAAUGGAUGGUUAGUUGACAUUGAAAAGGAUAAACAACAACACGAUAAGAAUUUCGUCCUUUAUGACCCCUAUAAAAUUAGUUCAUUCGUAUUAUAUAAAAAAAUUUUGAUAUACUAUUAUUAUAAAGCAAAUGAACAUUGUUAUCGCAUUGUUGACUUUAACGGUGGCAAAUGUCAAUUUCUUCAACUAAAGCAUGCAGAAAUGCAAUCAAUUGAGAAAAAUAGGCAUAAAGAAAUUGAUACCAUUCAAGAAAAGUCAGUGGGGUUUCUUCCUAAUGGGGAUUUAGUCCUAGUAUCGUUAACGGAUUACAAAAUCUACUUGUAUUCUUUUAAAAGUAAGCCAAAAACGGAUAGAACACCUUGGGAAUAUUCUAAAGUAUACGACAUAGACAUUCCGGGAAGGAGUGAUGAAUAUGUAGAUUGUUUAAUAUAUCAAACAGCAAACAUCACAAAAUUAUUUGUUUCGACGACGACUAAAUAUUAUGAAUAUGAUACCGUGACAACGAUAACUCAAUUGGAUUUAUCAACAAUGAGUUUUGAGAUGCAAUACCAUUUAUCUGAUAGUUAUAAAACGUUCGAUCUUGAUCGGAGUUUAUCUAAUAUUGUAAUGAAUCAAAAUCAAACAUUGUUGGCAUUAAACAUUAAGGAAGUAAUUUACAUCUUUUCAAUAGAAACCGGAAUACAGGUUUCAAGAUAUUCGGAUGACUAUGAAGCAGUAGAAUUUGUAACUUUAAAGGAUGGUUCUGAAGGAUUAAUUAUUUAUAAAAAACUUUCUGACGAAACAUCAUGCAAGUUCGUAGAUCCUUUCCUUCCUUCUGACACAAUGAUUGAUAUUACCAAUAUCAUCGACGAUCCUAGGAACGUUAUCAUAAAUAUGUCAAACAGAAAAUUUUCCAUUGUCGAAAAUAAUGUUUGCGUUUCAGAUGGGUUGAAUGAAGACACGUUUGAACAAAUAUUAAAGAAUACCUAUCACAGUAAUAUUUACACAUUAGCUAUCUUCAAAACCAUACAAAAUAUGCUUAAGGAUAUCCUUAACGGCAUCAACAAAAUUGAUAAGGUCGGAUUGGUACGCGGAGAACUUUUUCGGUUUAAGCUUAAAAAUAAUGAUAAAGGUUCUUUUGUGAUUAAAGGAUUCAAUAAAUCACAUGAUCAUAAAUGGAAAGAAACGCGUAACUGUGAUUCUCAUCGAUCUAUUGAUAUACUUUCAUAUCAACAAUUAAAUAAUCAGGAUUUGGCCUUAAUUACUAAACGAGGAAUCUUUAUCUAUACACUUGACGGAGAUAUAUUAACUCUUCGAUACUUUUGGAAUAAUGAGAAUUGGAAUGAGAAUUGGAAAAGAUACAAACAAUCCGGGUCUAAAAUCGAUAUUAACGAUCUUAUUCAAGAAGUUCUAAAUAAAGAAUUUUCUGACUCAUUUUCUUCGUUACCACCACCGAACUUUAUAAUAAUAUUUGAAAAUUGUGAUGUCAAUGAUCUGGAUGAUCCCUACGAAAAAGUAUUAUUUGUAAAGAGUUUGGACAAUCCAAUUAAUCUUUACAAGAUUUUACUUUUGAAUAUUAUAAAUAAUCCAGCAGAAUUUUCAAAAUUUGGAUCAGAAAUAUUGGAUAUAGCAAUUGAUAAGAGGAAUGAUUAUAUCGUCCAAUCAAUUUUCAACAAGAUUAUCAGAUUGAUCGACCAAGAAAAUGAAAAUAAUUCAACAAAUCAUAUGAUGUUAUUACCUUACAUCAUUAGUCUUAAACUACAUAAAUUAUGUGAUCAUGAUUUCUAUCGUUAUUCUAAUUUAGUUAUCAAAUAUAUCUUAUAUACCUCCAUUAUAUUGGAUCCCUCUUGUUUGUCAAUUAAAAAUUUGGAAAAUACUCCAUUUCAUUCUUACUCCAAGAAUGUUUGUAUUAAAGAAUCAAAUCAUAAUCGUUUUAAAGCUUUAAUACAAUCAUUUUAUAAAAAUCAUUCAAUACAACAGAAAAUUCGAAAAAUUAGUUUUGUCGUCUUGUUUCCUCAAAUUUGUAAAUAUCAAGAUGAUGAUUAUGGUGGAAACUCUUGGAAUGAACUUUUAUUUAAGCCGAAAUCUAUACUUUUUUGUAAUAUUGAUUCAGAUCAUUCUUACAAUUGGUGGAAUUUUACUGCUAUUAUAGAUUUUAAAUGGAAUACUUUUGGAAAAUAUUAUUAUUAUUGCAUUUGGAUUUUUUAUACUGUCUUUUUUCUGUGUUUUGCAAUUGCUUCUACAUUAGAACAAAACUCUAUUGCCGAUUUUUAUCGUAAUAUACUUUUUAUAAUUUCUAUUUUACUUGGCCUUGUACAUUUAACAUUUGAAUUUCGACAAUGUUUAUGGAGACCGAACAUUUACUUUAAAAAUCUAUGGAAUUACUUUGAUAUAGGAGCAUAUUCCUUACCCAUUAUAACAUCUAUAUAUUGGCUUUCUAAUGGGGAACCAUUAACUAAUCCAUCGGAACUUGCAAAUACAUUUAACUCUGUUAAUUCAGAUGAGACUAUAUUGAUUCAAUCAACUGAUUCAAAUACAAAUAUGUUUAAUUGGUUUCCUACUUCACUUUUAGCAAUGUAUUUAUUUAUUACAGGUGAUUCCGGUUCCCUGUCGUCAUUGACUUACCGUGAAAAUCCUACAAUGACAAUAUUGUUAGUUUUAUUCACAUUCUUUACCGUGAUUUAUCUUAUGAACUUAUUUAUCGGAUUGCUAAACAUGGCAAUUGAAGAUUAUAACAAGUAUGAGGAAUUCUUGCUUCAAAAAGCAAAGGUCAUUGUGGAGAUUGAAUUAUUUUAUAUGUUACCUUACCAAAAACGUAAAAAGGAAUGGUUUCCAGAUUGGAUGUAA